GGACCAGGUUGAGAUCUAUGCUUCAAUGAGAGGAUGUAUUUCGCGCGUUAAUUCUGCACUGGCUGUAUUCGCGAUUCCAACACAGUUAUGUGUCCUAUCAGGAAAGACAUUCGCUCAAGUAUAGCUCUCUUCAUCAAAUUACUUUGUCACUUCGGAUUCACAAGCAUUUCCUCAGAAGACUUCCGUCUAGCGAAAUACAAUGAUCCACUUGCCACACGACCUCUCCUGCGUUUAUUAUAUGAGUUUUUAUAUUUCUAUCAGCAUGACUCUAUUGACCACAUUUGUCGCGAGGGAUUUGACAAGUUUUCGCUGUUCGACAUAGCAAUUUAUACUUCCAAGCGACUUCGGACUCUUGGAUAUCCUUCGCCUCAUUCCAGCUCACAUACUAUCUUCUCAAGGGAACUUCUUCUGCAGAUCGGAUGGGUGUUUUGUCAUUGCAAUUUAUUGCACAAAAUGGAGAGUUUACUCUUCCGUCGUGCCUGUGAACCUGAGUUUGGGCGAACUUCUUUUGCAAUUUCUCCAAACAAUAAUGUCUCACUUUCCGAACUCACUUGGUCACUUGGGCGCCUUCGUUUGCGGCUAAAGGAAUUGUGUCUGGUACGAAGUGCUAUCCUGAAGCGAAAUGAGUUCAGCUUGGACAAGAACCGGUUUGCUUCACAAUGCACUCCUAUGGAAUACCUUAUGAUUAACAGUCCUGGUAUCAUCGAGGACCGCGUCCGCUGUAUGGAGGAAAUUUCAGUGGGACUUAGUCUCCUUAUUUCUUGGCAGUGCAGCAGUCGCACCUUCUGGCAAUGGAUGCAUUCUGUGAUGAUUCUCCAUCUUUCAUCAGAAAAUGACGCCAUUCCGUCGAUUGACGAUAGCAUUGUUCAGCGAUUACAUGAGAAACGAGACACUCUUGAUGGUUGCCUACGGGAGUUUGCCUCUCUUCAUGGUAUGUCCUCUAUGGUGCUGCUUGAGCCUAGACAAUCAAUGGAUCAUCUGCUAUCUCAGGUUCACAUAGAUUUGGGGAAUUUAUCCACACAACUUGAAUGUAAGGGCGCUAUGCCGACGUCAUUUUUGGCACCUUUGCACUGGACCUACAACUUGAUCGCGGAUUCCAAAUACCUCGGAAAGACUAAAGAUGAACCAUCUCAUUUGACCGACGAAUGUAAAAAGCUUAAUGCUAUUCUUCAAUCUGCCAUGAAUCGUAAUCAUAGUUUAAGGGAUGAGAUGCUGGAAUACCUGAAUAACUUUGCUGCGCAGAGCAUACCUGACGUUUUGUUUUUGCACAGCUCGGUCGGUACCUUCGCGUCUCCUUGAAACCAUUUGUACAUCUUUGUCCUACUGUAAAUGUCGUUUGUAACUUCGCUCAAUCCAUCACUUGUUUCACAAUAACAUAUUUUUCAAUCC